AUGUUCAGACAAUUGACAAGCUCCUUGCGGGUGGCCUCGCUUAGAGCCACGGCUGUGUCCAAGACUGCUGUGAGAGGCUAUGCCGCCUUUGACAGAUCCAAGCCUCACGUCAACGUGGGUACCAUCGGUCACGUCGAUCACGGUAAGACCACUUUGACCGCCGCCAUCACCAAGGUGUUGUCGGAAAAGGGUGGUGCCGCUUUCUUGGACUACUCGUCGAUUGACAGAGCCCCCGAAGAAAGAGCCAGAGGUAUCACCAUUUCUACUGCUCACGUCGAAUACGAAACCGACAAGAGACACUACUCGCACGUUGACUGUCCCGGUCACGCCGAUUACAUCAAGAACAUGAUUACCGGUGCCGCCCAAAUGGACGGUGCCAUCAUUGUGCUUUCGUGCACUGACGGUGUCAUGUUGCAAACCAAGGAACACUUGUUGUUGGCCCGUCAAGUCGGUAUCCAAAACUUGGUUGUCUUCUGCAACAAGGUUGACAUGGUUGACGACGAAGAAAUGUUGGAAUUGGUUGAAAUGGAAAUUAGAGAAUUGCUUAACACUUACGGUUUUGACGGUGACAACACCCCCGUCAUCAUGGGUUCUGCUCUUUGCGCUUUGGAAGGCAAGCAACCGGAAAUCGGUGCUCAAGCCAUUGAAAAGUUGAUGGACUCUGUUGAUGAACACAUCCCCACCCCCCAAAGAGACUUGGAACAACCUUUCUUGAUGCCCGUCGAAUCCGUGUUCUCGAUCUCGGGUAGAGGUACCGUUGUCACUGGUAGAGUUGAAGCUGGUGCCUUGAAGAAGGGUGAAGAAGUUGAAAUCGUUGGCGGUUUCGACAAGCCUUUGAUCACCACCGUUACUGGUGUGGAAAUGUUCAAGAAGGAAUUGGACCAAGCUCAAGCUGGUGACAACGCUGGUAUCUUGUUGAGAGGUGUCAAGAGAGACCAAGUCAAGAGAGGUAUGGUCUUGGCUAAGCCCGGUACCGUUAAGUCGCACACCAAGUUCUUGGCGUCGCUUUACAUCUUGCCUACCGCUGAAGGUGGUCGUCACUCUGGCUUCGGUGCUAACUACAAGCCUCAAUUGUUCAUCAGAACCACUGACGUUACCGGUACCUUGCUGUUCCCCGAAGGCGUUGACGCCCUGACCAUGGUGCAACCCGGUGACAACGUCGAAAUGGUUGUCGAAUUGGCGAGAAAGACUCCCAUCGAAUUGAACCAAAGAUUCAACUUGAGAGAAGGUGGUAAGACCGUGGGUACUGGUUUGGUGACUAGAAUCAUCGAAUAA